UGACAGCGUAGACAAUAGAGAAACGCAAAUACUGGAUUGAGGUGCGACGGAGAUUCAAAGGCGCAAAGAGGUUAACGAACGAAGUUGUUGAGUGAAGAAGACUGCAGUUCCUCCAAGUUGCGAUGGGGAGCAGAAGAAGAAAAAGAAGCGAGAGAAGAAGGGAGCGCGUAACUGCGCGUUAUAGAAGAGAAACAACGCGAGCGAGCAAAACUGUUCGCAGCUGGCAACCCACAAGUGAGAGAAAAGUGAACGAGGAAGAGAGGAGGGCAGCUCAGAUGUCCAGGUACACCUGGCCGGGACUGGCCAAUAAAUGGGAUAAUUGCACUACCAGCUGCCAGCAUGUAGGAAGAUACGCAGCUCUCUCCUUUCUCUUCAAACAAUUUCAAACCAUUCCCACCAGCCAUGACCACACCUGGAUGGCUGCCAGCUGGUCACACAUCCCAGCUGAGAUGGACUGUGCUGAGCCUCUCUUCCCGGCUAAUUCCCUCCCGAAAACCCAUACUACUGAAUUGAACAAGGCUGUGUGGUUACAAGGAACUAUCCCGAGUCCUCUCCGAUGCUUCGCGAGACUAUGUCUCGGUCAUACUGCUGAUAAGGGUAGCCCGGCGUUGUGGGCGUUUGUCGUAUCAGAUUGACGACGAUGGAAAAACCGACAGGGCUCCCCGCUCCGGAUACGGCCGCCAAUUGAUGCUCUCCUAUUCGCCAUGAUCAGACUCGGCAAGUGUACAGCUAGAUGCUGCAGCUGCUGCAGAAGCAAGCUUGGGGUACACUGAGAUCCGGGGCAAGCUGAUAUGGCCCGUUAUCUAGAUCUCGCACCCUC